UCCCUACCUGUGCCGAAGAGUAAUCAAUCUCGCAGAUCUUACACCAGAGACGGAAGAAAACCUUAUUCACGCACGCACCAAGUCACCUCUGAUCUCACCGCCGCGGAAGGGGAAUGGCCGCCGAGGAGGGAGCCGUUAUCGCGUGCCACACCAAGCAAGAGUUCGAUACCCACAUGGCCAAUGGCAAGGACACCGGCAAGCUGGUGAUCAUUGAUUUCACUGCUUCCUGGUGCGGUCCAUGUCGUGUCAUAGCCCCAGUCUUUGCUGAGUACGCCAAGAAGUUCCCUGGGGCCAUCUUCCUGAAGGUGGAUGUUGAUGAGCUGAAGGACGUCGCUGAAGCAUACAAUGUUGAGGCAAUGCCGACCUUCCUGUUUAUCAAGGACGGUGAGAAGGUGGACAGUGUUGUCGGUGGCAGGAAGGAUGACAUCCAUACCAAGAUAGUGGCCCUCAUGGGUUCUGCAUCCACCUAAGGGAAGAGUGAUUGCCCGGUUAUAUCAAUAAGAGCCAGCACCUGGUGUAAGUAGUUGUGACUGAACUUUAUGUUGAUUCAUUUUAGAGUUCAGACUUAAGAUAUGCACCGGUUGUUCUGAAUUACAGUGCCUAAUGUUUGCUACAGUUGCUAUUGUGAAGUUUGGAUAAUUAUUCUGUCUAAAUGUUAAUGGGAAGCCAAUAUGCCGCUGACGGGACGUAUCCGUUGAUAUGCUCUACGUUGUUGCAUGCUUAGAAUGAA